GUAAAAAAGAAGAUGUUUAUAUUCGUCAGAGAAGAAAGAAGAUGAUUGUCGUCGAGACAGAAUCUCCAGCAACCCUUUUCUGGGCACACUCAAAUGCGAUUCCCCCACAAAUAGGAAAAUAAAAGUGUAAAGAAGUGUAGCGCACAGCUCACACAACGACAUGAUCACAUCGGAUAAAAAAAUUGAGGCAAUCACAGAGAGAUGAAAUAAAAGAAGAAAUGGUGCCAUGUCCUGUCCUCACUGAGACUCAGACGACCUCCCGUCGCUCUGUCCUGCAUCCUUGCCUCUUCUCCACACUCAUCUCCAAGGCAUAAACCUCUCCCUCCCUGUCUGGCAAUCAUCAUUGUCAACAAUGGCGGAACCCAAGGCGGCCAAGAGCAAGUCGUCGUCCAAGUCCAAGAAACACCACCACCAGGGGGACGGCGAGGCGUCCAAGAAGGCGACCAAGGCGAAGGCCGAGGCCACGGCCACGCCGUCGCCGGCGCCGGCGCCGUCGCUCGACGCGCACUUCAAGCCGUGCGCCGACGUGGCGGGCCUCCGCUUCGGCGCGCAGCUCGUCACGCGCGCGCUCACCGUGCGGCGCGCCGGCCCGCUCGAGCUGCCGCACCUGCUCCGAGUCGUCGUCCCCGACGCCGGCGCCGGGCAGAGCACGAAGGGCAAAGGGGCGCAGCCGCUGUCGUUCGCGCCGACGACGACCGCGUACAUCCCGACCAACUUCGCCAUCCUGGCGCACCACGCGUGGCACACGCUCACGCUCGGGCUCGGCACCAAGAACUCCAAGGCCGCCGUCUUCGUCUUCGAGUCCGCCGCCAUGAAGGCCGCCGCCGACGCCGCCUGGCCGCAGGUGCUGCCGCUCGGGGACGUCGGGAAGCGCCUCCUCCGCGCCGCCCCGGGCGCGCCGGAGAUGGCCCGCUUCAAGUUCCGCAAGGGCUGCGUCACCUUCUACGUCUACGCCGUCCGGACCGCCCGCGCGCGCGGGUUCGCGCGCGCCGAUGAGCUCAGGGCAGUCAUCGAGGCCGUCGCCAAGCUCAAGGACUUCUUGGACCACACUGCCAUGCUCGCGCUCCCGGGUCAGAGGAGCAUUGACGCCGCCGCUCCGGUCGGCAUCGUGCAUUGAUGCAAACUUAUAUUUGUAUAGAGAUUUCUUCUUCUUUCUUUUUCUUUUGUUCUGGCAUGUGAUUAAUUUCUGAAUGUGACAUCUAAAAAAAACUGAAUUUGAGCACUUGUUUUGUGGAUUGAGAUGCUGAGAAAUUCCUAAACUCUCUUGUUACUUAGUCGAUCGACGAUUGGCCUCAGGAGAUGUAACUGCAAUAAAUAGCAUAUCUUCCAGGUUGGAAAACGGGAAGCUGAUCUUGGCUCUCUCAUCCUUUGAUUCUUCAUGCUGUGACGAGAUACAUGCUUGAAGUACACAAAAUUGUCAGAGUUCAGUUCUGAAUGUGACCCCAAGUUUUUAUGCAAAUUUGAUCAGGAUUGCCGAGCUGCUUUCUGCAAUAUUAUAAGUGAAUCUUCAACAGUGUUAAGUCUUGAGGAAUGCUUCAGUUGGGGAGCAUCCCAUACUGAGAUGAAGUGCAGAGCUGAACUCCAUCAUUGCCUCAAGUUGAGCUGUACUUUACAGCCAUGAGAUUCUACUUCCAGGUCACAGGUCUCCAGAACGAAAGCUAUAUGAUAUUCCUCCUCACUGUGAGGCCAUCUCCUUCCACAGUUCCACUGCCACUCAAUGAUUGCUUCUAUUUUAUUUGUGUGAUACCGCAAUGUAAUAGCCACAAAUGCUCUGGAAACAUAGGUCUUAAUUUGAAGAGUACCAUUUUCUCCCUCAUAAGCAAGAACCAAUUUCCCCUAAAGAAAAAGAAAGCAAGAACCAAUUCACAAGUGCAGAAAAAGGCUCAAGAAGCAAGCUCAAGAGGACAUGGGGAUGCAUAGAACAACUCACAAUCUUGGUACUGACACAAUGAUAAUUGCAUUAGAGCAAGCAAGCAAAGCAGCUUCCUUCACCAUCGACAUGCCACCAUAACCCACAUGGAUGUAAAACAAUGCACACCCACCUGGAGCACACAGCUGGUAGUGGGCAGAAGGUGACCAACCUGCUCACCCAAACUGCCAAUGACCAAGCUCCAAAACCAGGCAAUGUGAUCAUGCCCAGACCAUGGGAAACCUCCAGGCAUGGUGCUGCUGAUGGCAUGAUGCGUUCAUGUGCAUCGUCCUAUAUUCUUUGAUCUCAAACAAAAGUAGAUGCCACAACAAAGGGCAAGGCAAAAGGCGCCUUUACAGAUCUUGCACUAUGAUGUUUCCGCAUUACACAGCAAUACCAGAAAGUCUACUAAAGAAGUUGAGAUCCAUGAAUUUGACCAAAAUAAAAUUCAGAUAUAAACUCUACUAGACGAGAUAUCAAAGGAAGGAUAUAUUUCGAUCUAUUAAGUAGCACAAUGUGGCGCUUAACGGGAGGAAGGGCUCGAUACAAUAGUUCAAGUAAUUUUAUUUAACAUGAUAAGCAGCAGUGGGUUCAUUAAGUACUGAAAACUUUCAAGGAUUACAAACUGAUCCUGACCAGAU